AUGGCUGACUUCUCACAACCCUCAUAUAGCAAGCUGGAGCAACUGGAACAGGAACUGAGAAGCAUCCAAAAGGUCGUCAACACCAAAAAUCCCAAUGGCGAAUCUGCUUGGUCGCCUCCAAGCCCACUUACGGCCUUCUCCGCAGCUUCAGACCACGCGCCGUCCUCAACCGCCCAGACACCAGCACGGCCUCCCAUGUCCAUCCAACUCGUUGGACCGCCAUCUCGCCCCCCCGAGAAGAAACAGAAGAAGGUCGGACCUACCGAGGCUCGCGUGCUCGGCUCUAUUCUCAUUUCUGGACAAGAUGUCGACUACUAUUUUAGCAAUAGGCGAUAUGCAAAAGACGGCCAGCUCUUUGGCGCCCUCGUCGAACACAUGACCAAGAAUCUGUGGACAAUGAUGUCGCGCACGGUGCUGGGCCUCGACGAAAUCCACACCAUCCUCCUCGUCUGCGCGUGGCCAUAUCCAACCAUCCGCUUCGUCACUGAUCCUUCCUCCAUGUUUGCGGCUAUUGCUAUGAAUGCUUGCGUGUCGCUUGGCCUUCACACCGGCCGAGGGUCACAUCCACAGUUUUGCGUGGGUAGUCGACACGGCUAUACGUCUACAGACGAGGAGGCCUCAUCCACGUGGAUAGCAUGCUGUUUGAUUUCACAAAGGACAUCAGCAAGCGCAGGCCACCCACCCCCUUUCAUCCAACACAGCGACACCCGCUGCAAAGCCGCCCUCGAAUCAAACUACUGGGCUGAUCUGCUCGCCACGUAUGAGCUGCAGCGCUUCCUCAACCGCUUUCACAUGGCCAUGCACGCGCAGACUUCGACGGUAGGCAGCAUCCCGGAGAGCGCUGUCGCAGUAUGGGAAAACGAGUUCGAGGUGCUCAAGCCGCUCAUCAUUCGCUUCGACACUGAAAUAUCACGGGUUCUCAAACUCGCAGCAUUGCUUGAAAUCCAGCUCUUCUACUUCAUGUCCCCCUCCACCAUCACCGCCACAAACAACAACCUCAUCAUCAACGCAAACACCGCCAUCGCCUUCACCACCGCCCGCUCCCUCAUCCUCACAGCCCUCGACCUCGACUCCCGCUCCAAAUUCAUCUCUCACUGCCCCGGCAUCCUGUGCCGCGCCCUCACCGACGCCGCAAACACAAUCGUCUACCUCCUCCAUUCCGUCUGGGGCCCCGACUCAGACGCCCUCUCCCCCGACGAGGCGAAUCUCCUCGCCCAACAGGCCUACUCCGCGAUCAUGCGCUGCUCCGUCAAGGAACAGGACAUCUGGUACCGCGGCAGCAACGGCCUCCUCAUGGCGCAGAAGAGCACCGACGGCGUGAAUAAGUGUCUUGAGAUUAUUCACGCAGAAUUCCGUACGGAUCAAAGCUCAGGUACAAAUACCGUCGCUCAAGAUCAGCCAAUGACCAACAAUGUGCCAGCCAGUGAUCCAUUCCAAGACGUAGAUUGGUCCAUGUUCAUGGACGAUUUUGGCUGGACAGGAGAGGAUGGCGUCUUGAUGAGUCUGAUUUAA